UUCCCAAACGUGGAGGCUGAGGAGGAAGAGAAAGACGAGGAGAACAUCCCAGCACCAGACAAUGUCCCCCGUGGGGCCACUGGUGGAGAAUUUGUCCGUACGCAAGCUCAGGAUGCCUCAGGCUCCCAGCUGCCAGAGCUGGGAAUGGAUCCCAAUUCCACCAACCCCACGGAGGCGACAGCGCAGACGGCAACGUGGAGUGAGCCUGCAGAGGUCCCUGCAGAGCUGGAUGCUGCGGCAGCCCCGGUCUCCACUGCAGCGCUGAAGGCCCGGAGCGAGGCCAUGGUGUGUGGCAUCUGUAUGGACCGGGUGUAUGAGAAGCCGUUGCCGGAGGAGCGGCUCUUUGGGAUCCUCCCAAACUGCAGCCACGUGUUCUGCGUGGGCUGCAUCCGCAAGUGGCGUCGCAGCCGGGACUUCCAGAGCGCUGUCAUCAAGGCCUGCCCGGAGUGCCGGAUCUCUUCCAGUUACUACAUCCCCCACAAAUACUGGGUCUCGGACGCAGCUGAGAAGGAGAAGCUCAUCGAAACCUUCAAGGCACGGACGAGGAAAAUCAGGUGCAAGUUCUUUGUCCGGAGCUGGGGCCACUGCCCAUUCAAGUCAGACUGCAUCUACCUGCACGAGCUGCCCGCUGGCCGGCUGCCACGACCUCAACGGCAGCAGCCGAGGGUGCCCGUUGAGCCUAGCCCUUCUCCCUCGGAGAGUUCUGAUGAGGACGAGGAGCCCUGCGUGCUUGAAUGGUCUCUCACCCUGGCCCUGAUCGCGACGCACUUGCACUACUCGAGUUACGGCCACGAGGUGUUCUUCAUGGACUUCAGUGACAUUGACUAA